UGCAGUCAAAAGCGCUGCGUCACUAGAGCACUGCAAGACCCACAAACUGGUGUCUCCCCUGCAGUGAAAGAAAGCAGCGAUGGAGGCGGGGAGAGAAGAAGGGGCUGCUGCAGACCAGCAUUCAGCCUGAAGAAGAACUGGGAGAAUUCACAGAGGAACGCCUGCUUUAACUCCUGCUGUGACAGACAUGUUGUCAAGGCAGCUGCUGGUCUUCGGGAAAAUGUUCUUCUCUGUGUUGAUCCUGUCCUCUGUGCUCUCAGUGUCUGCUAUGCCUGCAGAACAGGGAAGCAGAAGAGUAGUGCACGUUCUCGAGGACGACACUGGAGCUGUGAUUGUGCAGACAGCUCCAGGUAAGGUGGUGACUCAUCGAGGCGGCUCCAUCACUCUGCCCUGCAGAUUCCAUCAUGAGCCGGAAAACACAGAUCCUGCUCGCAUUCGGAUUAAAUGGACCAAAGUGACGGAUGCUUUGCAGUUUGAUGAUGUGUUUGUUGCACUUGGAAAACAACAGCGGGUAUUUGGCUCCUACCGUGGACGUGUGUUCCUGGAACAGGAAGGACCAGGAGAUGCUUCAGUGAUCAUCCAGAAUGUCACGUUAGAAGACUACGGCCGCUACGAGUGUGAGGUCACCAACGACAUGGAAGAUGACACAGGAUUUGUUAACCUUGACUUGGAAGGGGUGGUUUUUCCCUACUACCCCCGUGAGGGGCGCUAUAAGCUUAACUACCACCAGGCAGAAGAUGCCUGUAAACACCAGGAUGCCAUCCUCGCCUCUCAUUCUCAGCUGCACAAGGCCUGGUUAGAUGGAUUAGACUGGUGCAAUGCUGGGUGGCUGGACGACGGCUCGGUCCAGUACCCCAUUUCCCAUCCCAGAGACCAGUGUGGCCGUAAAGACACUCCGGCUGGGGUUCGUAACUAUGGCUACAGGCACAAGGAGAGUGAGCGCUAUGAUGCCUUUUGCUUCACUUCAAAGCUAAACGGCAAAGUGUACUUCCUCAAACGUUAUAAGAAGACUAACUAUGCGGAGGCGAUGAAGGCUUGCAUUCGAGAUGGUUCAGUGUUGGCCAAGGUGGGCCAGCUCUAUGCAGCUUGGAAGUUUCAGCUUCUGGAUCGUUGUGAGGCCGGAUGGCUGGAGGAUGGCAGCAUUCGAUACCCCGUCGUCAACCCUCGCACUCGCUGUGGAGGACCUCAUCCGGGCGUGCGGCACCUGGGCUUCCCUGAUAAGAAGUUUCGCCUCUAUGGGGUCUACUGCUUCCGCAAGAAUCAGGAAGAAAAUGCAGAUCAAGUAAAAAAAGCAAAAAACUCAGCUGAUGGUUGGAAGAGCAGCAACAGCCUCCUCAUGACUGCCACAGGGGGGGGUUUAAAGUUGACACACUGAGAGCGGGAAAUACAUUCAAUUUUACAUUUGACUGCAGCCGUCACCUUGUAGGCAGUCUCCAUUAUUCGCUUUAAAACCCAGAACACCAACAGACAAGAAGUAGCAGAGUUACGAGAAACAUUGAGUUAAAGUAUGGGGUACAUAUUAAUGAUGAUGAUAGGGCCUCACCUGUCAUACAUGGGGCAGAGGUUCGCUCACGUCUAUCAAGUGAAAGUUGUCAGAAUAAAACAGCAGCCUGACAAUUCCUCAUGAAUCUCAUCGUAAAGAUGUUUGAAUGGUGUUUUGGUUCCACUGUGACUCUUCUGAGCGCCACAGACUCAGAAAUGAGACAAAAACAUUGGUUAGAGAUGGAAAAACAGAAAGAAUGCGUUAACCUUCAAGUGGGUUUCAUACUUGGAAGCCCUGAUGCUAACUUGUUGUAUUUUUCUUAUUUCUUAUUUCUUUUCCUUAGCUGAAGAUGCCAAAUCAUAAAUAUUGCACAAAAGUAAUUGCACUUUAAGUAGAUCCUUACUGCUUAAAAUAACUUUGGUCUAAACUUAAAAUCAGCAUGCUCUUUGUGGCUGAGACUAGCUGCUGCCUUUGCUAAUAGAUGUUGCUCUUUGAAACUCUGGGUCUCCAGUCACAGCAAUGGGUUAUCAUUAAUGAAAAAAAAGUAUACUUGAAACUAUGCAAUGAAUGGAUGACUUAAAAGAAAUAAAAGGCUUUGAAAAUGUU